AUGAACAUCGACGAGUACCUUGGAAAAGAUUUUGUCGAUAUCAGUGGCCAUACUCUCCUAGAAUCUGGAACUCGUGUCACUAUGGAUCAAAUCUCUCGACCGGGCGUUACGCUAGUGCCUGGUCAAAUUAUUCCUUUGAUGCCGUGCAGCGAGGCAGAGAAAGGUAUUCUACAAAAACUGAAAGAGGAAAAAAGAUCUCUUCUCUUUUUGCCUGACGAGUAA